AUGUCAACAUUGCUUGCUGGUCGAAUUCAAGCGACCUAUAAAACCUUGCAUUUGAAUUGUGACAAGCCUCCCUGUAUCUUUCGUAAUGUUAUAAAACCUCUGUUUUUGUGUCGGUAUGCAAAAAAAAGGAAGACGGCGGUCAAAUUACUCAUGGAUUUUGAAACACUUGGAAAGAAAGAUGAUAUAGUGUUGGUUAAACCAGGAUACAUGAGGCAUAGAUUGUACCCGCAAAGAAUCGCAGACUAUUAUAUUCAUAAAGGACGCAAAGAGAUUCAAGAAGGUCAAAAACAAAUACAUCUACUAUCCAAAGGAGGUCAAUUAACUCUUGCGAUCUAUGGAACAGGUUAUUCAUCUGUGAUAAGGGGUGUGCCAAGUAGCAUUGCGAAAGAUGACCAAUAUGUUACUCAGUAUUUUGGCGAAAUACAAAGAAAAAUGGCAACGUUAAAUCAUAUAAAUCGUCUAGUUUUCAAGCAAAAGCCAAUUGAAAAUGCUGACAAUGACUCGUCGGAGAUUCAGGAACCAGUGACCGUUGAGCAUGUCUACCGUAAAAUCAGAUACGAGCAUGGUAUUACAUUCAAUACUGAUGACAUGGAGUUACAAGGAGAUGGCACAUCCGGUCAAAUUCAGCAACCUGGAGAGUACAACUGCAACUUUUGUUUUCGUGAGAUUGAGAUAAAGGUUCCGGUUAAGAUAGUGGUGGAAAAGGACGUUUAA